AUGUAUUUUUCCUUCUUUUUUCUUUUUUCAUUCAUUCUUUCUUUCUUUUUUCAUUUAUUCUCUUUCUUUAUUUCAUUCAUUCUUUCUUUCUUUUUUCUUUCUUCUUUAUCUUUCUUUCAUACUUUCUUUCUUUUUUCAUUCAUUCAUUCAUUCUAUCUAUCUAUCUAUCUAUCUAUCUAUCUAUCUAUCUAUCUAUCUAUCUAUCUCAUUAUUACUUCUUCUCAUCUUCUUUUUUUCUUAGACUUUCCUUCUUCGUCCAUUUUCUUUCUCUCCCAUCAUCCUUUUUUCAUAUCUACCUUUUUCUUCUUCAUUUCAUAUUUCCUAGCUUUUACUUCCUUGAUCCUUACUUUCGUCUGCCAUCAUUCUUCUUUCUUCUUUCUUUCUUUUCUUUCUUUUCUUUCUUCUUACCUUUUUAAAUACAGGAAUUGUUCCCCUCGCUGUCUUUUUCUCGCAUACGGCACACCCACACCUACGCAUGCGCACGGGCGUUCUGUAUCUGUGUCCUCUUUCUCCCACUUUUCUUCUCACACACUUCAACAAAAAUAUUUAAAAACUUUCCCCUCUAAUUUGUUUCUCCCUCUCUUUCUUUCUUUCUUUCUUUUUAUUUCAUAUCUAUCUAUCUAUCUAUCUAUCUAUCUAUCUAUCUAUCUAUCUAUGUCAUUCUGUUAA